GACAUUUAUUUUUCUUACUUUUGGUAAUAUACCUUCAUUCCUACUUUACUUUCUCUCAUUUUUCUAUGCCUGCGUGAUCUCAUCACAAGGUUCUCUUUAUUUCCGAGAGAAAAGGUUGUUUAUAAUACGAAGGAGGCAUUGUGAGACACGACGGGUAGGAUUUGAGACGAACACGACGAUCGAAAUCUUACACGAACGAACGAAUCCUUGUCUAGAUAUGGCUUGAAUGUAUUGAACAUCGGAUGAAUAAUUGAACAGUUUUGACACAAGAGACAAGUACCUAGAGACUUGGGACGAGUUUUGUGCCUGCGGAGAAUCUUCGAAACAAACCAUCAAAGCUGCGAUAUUGAAUCAGACGCAGGGAACUCAUUGCGCAUUAUCUAUCACCGUCACAGCUAGAAAUACUUUCCAGAAUGCUCUGUACAAACAGACCCGAGGGCUUUGGCCCAUCCUCCCUCCUCAACUCUUCCACCCUCCCCACAACUUGUUUCACAGACGUUAUCCUCAUUCCCCUUCCAACUUGGCUCGCUCUCGCCUUCGUACCUAUCCUCUUUGCUUUAGGGCUCCACCACCGCAAAAUCAACUACAACCCCUCCACCGCACACUUGCGCUCUAAUGCCCGCUCCUCAUGUCUUUACCUCACCUUCCUUAUCAUUUACUACUUCCUCAUUUUUGCAAACAUCGCCAUGCUUACUCUCGAAAUCGUGCGAUUGUCAAACCUUAACUAUGGCAUUGGUUUAUUGCCAUUCGCCUAUGGCGGAAUUCUUCUCUCGGCAGCUUUGUUUUGGAGUGAAGGUAUACAACGACGUGUAAAGUGGUGGCAAGGAAUAAAUAUGUUGGUUUGGAUAGGAGGAAUUGUCAUGAGUGCUGUGCAAGUCAUUGGAUUGAAACAACAAUAUGGCUACGAUGGGAGAAAGGGGAGCAAAUAUCCAGUCAGCGACCAGAUUCUUGAUGUGGCUGUCAUGGCGGGUGUAUAUGCCGUUAUUGCGCUACUGGAGAUAGUGUUGGUAGUAUGGAGGGGAAAGAGAAGAACAUCAGCCUUGAGGUCGGAGAGAGGAGAAAUGGGUGCGUUUGAAUAUGGUAGGGGUGUAAGCGAGAGUUCUGGCAUGAAGGAGUAAACUAUCGUUUCAGACCUGGAGGCAUCUUUGGGAUGAUCUUGUACUUGUACUUCCUGAAAUUUGUUUGGUUGGUUUGGCGUGUUGGAAUGAAUACAUUGGGACUAUUCUAUUGGGAUAUGGUCAUGGUAUACCCUGGGCACUUUACUUUUCACAGGCUACUAGGAAGAGUGUAAAUACGCGCCGUACCUAUUUGUUACUAUCACUAAGCUUAUUGCAUGUCUGGCUUGUCUCUCGCCUCGAUCAGCUCGUGGUGAAUUUUCAUCCAUUGGCUUACUAAACA